UCUAGGAACCAUUCUGAAUAAACGCUAACUACGUCUGGACAGAGCAAAUAUAGCGAUCAGGACUGCCGCACAGCUGGAGACGUAUCCUCGUGGAUUUAUUCAAGUUGCACCGAUUGCCACCCAGUGUUCUGUUUGUAGGUUGAUGCUUGUGCCGCUCUUGCUGUGAUCUGCCCCAGGGCAGCACCAUGUUUUUACCCCCGGUUCGGAAGGGUUUCUCCAUCGAGGCCUUGGUGGGUCCGGACAGGAGUCCCGAGGAACCCCUCAGACCCACUGCCCUGAAGUACUCAGAACCCGGGCUGACCCCUUCACACCUUCGCCCGGGGAUCCGCCUACUCGGGGCCCCAGACUUAGUGUUCCCGGAACAGGUUGCCUCUCCGUUUGGGCACGGCCUGGGCAUCCCACAGCACCGGAUCCUGCACCGGGACCCGCUCAGCUUCUGCCCCUGGAUCUUACGGCACCGACUGCCGGGUGAGGAAAAUACUUCAGAUAAUUAUUUACUUCAAGGACCCUUUUCCCGCAAACCCAAAAGGAUAAGAACAGCUUUCUCUCCAUCUCAACUCCUCCGCCUUGAAGGAGCCUUUGAGAAGAACCAUUAUGUGGUGGGAACAGAAAGAAAACAACUUGCAAACAGUUUGUGUCUGACAGAAACUCAGGUAAAAGUUUGGUUCCAAAACCGGAGGACUAAACACAAGCGCCAGAAACUAGAAGAAGAGUGCCCAGACUCUCAACAAAAGAGGAAAAGCAGCCAGCAUGCCAACCGAUGGAGAAUGGCAACAUGUCAGGACAGCCCAAAGGACAUUGAUGUCACAUCAGAUGACUAAGAGCGUAUCUGUUGAACAAC